GGACCGAUCCACCGCCCUCCCCCCUCCUCCCUCUUCCAUUCUUCCUCCCCCGUUUCGGGGAGAGACGCCAACGAGAAAAGAGGGAGCAGGCAGCGAAAGGAAUCGCCUCCACGUCCUCGGUAGCGCUGAAUCGCGCGUCAAAUUCCUUGUUUUGCCGCGGAUUUGGUGCUGCAACUUUUCUAUAAUUUUUUUUUGUUUUUUGUUUUUGGUAAGGGGGACAUUGGCGCGGUCUCCUGUACUUGGAUUAUCUGCAUUUUUGUUUCCCCCCAAUUUCUCCGGCUCAAUUUCUUCACGGAUUUGGGAGUCGAGGCUAGGGGGCUCUCCAUUGCUGGUUUUGCUCGCUUUGCAUGCCGAUCUUCUUUGCCUUGGUCGCCCCCGAAAUUCCCGCAAGUUUGUGAUUCUUUCUGAGCUUCCUCGCCUGAGCUCGCGCAUUUCCGAGCGUCUACAGGUGUCUGUUGCACAAGCUCUCUCUUGUUGCUCCAAUUUCACGCGUUCUGCAUGCAUGUAUUCCCCGAAGGAGGUGGCAUUCUGGAGCUGUUGCAAAAUUCUGAAUUGUUGUCCAAUGUCCAUCCCGAGAAAUUUCUGAGGGGGGAGAAGAAUUGCUGUUGCAUUUCCCAGGGCAGCUGUAUUGACAUGGUCGCAGUAGUGUAGGAGGCAGACAAGAUGAGGCACUGUUGGAGCGCAUGGCUCCUGGCCCUGUGCCUCGUCUCCGUUCAGCUCCUCGUUGCAGCACAGAACUUGUCACCGCCAGCCUUGACACCGCCCCUUGUCAAAGAAGUAGACGAUCUGGUGGAUCAUGUAUGGACCUCAUGUGGGCUAGACAGGGGAUCUCUUGAAGACGUUAGAAAACAUUUCAAUUACAACCACGUAUUUGACAUUCUCCGUACGCUCUCUGGAAAAGAUACUAAGGACAGCUCUCCUGAAACUGAAAAUGUCAGCAAAGCACUGCCUCCACAAAUUAAGAACACUUUGCUUAACUGCUUAAGCAAGCAUCCACUUGUUGUUGCUGCGCAGGAGAGUGCAAAAAACUUGCCUAUUGAUUAUAUCAAAAUGCUUAUUGCCAUGUUAAGAAGCGAUGUGGCUCAAGGACCUCCUGGUGCAUCAGCAACUCCUGCACCACCACCAGCUGUGAAAUCAAAUCCAUCUUUAGGGGAACCGUCCUCAACAAAACCUGACAAAAAUCCAGUUCCUCCAUCAGAAACAACACCCAAAGAAAAGACAGUGCCCCAAACUGAAAAAACAGCUGCCAAAAAGGAAGAUAACAGUGGCAUGCCAACCACUGCUCUCAUUGGUUUGUCUGUGUCUGCUAUAGCGCUGUUAGCUCUUCUAUGCUUAUGCUGCUGUGUUUGCCGUGCAAAACAGGGCUCCUCAUCUGAUGUAAGGGAUGAUAAACUGCUUGUGAAUCUGAACCUGAGUAAUUUGUCUGCUGCUUCUCUUAAGUUUUCCCAAGGAAACCCGAUUGAUAUCAACAAGCUGGGAGCACUGCCGCUGAAGUCAGAGGCUGGCCAAAAUGGCAAUGUCAAACAAAGCUCAUCAGAAAUCUCUAAAACUGAGGUUACCCCAGCAGUGUACAACAGUUUGGCUGAACCAAUGGCUGCUUCUACUGGUUCUUUCCCAGGAUCAAGACCAACAGCUCCACCAGCUGUACCACCUCCAGCCCCUGCACCUCCGAAGGCCCCUCCCUCAUCAACUCCACAAGCACCUGCACCUCUGAAGGCUCCUCCCUCAUCAACUCAAGUACCUGCACCUCUGAAGGCUCCUCCCUCAUCAACUCCUCAAGCACCCACACCACAUUCAAAACCUACUCCAAUUCUUCACCCUGAAUCCUCAUCACCAUCUGCUCCAAAAGCUGCACCUUCACCAAUAGAUGCACCGCAGCCAAAAGCUGCACCUCCACCUCCACCACCAAAAUCUACCGGCCCACCACCACCAGCAAUGCCUGGUUCAUCGAAAACGCGUCCACCACCACUUAUGAAGAAAUCAGGCAAUAAGAUGGAUGAUGGCGCAAAUUCUCAUGAAGCUAAAACAAAGCUAAAGCCCUUCUUUUGGGAUAAAGUAACAGCACAUGCUAAUCAGUCUAUGGUGUGGGAUCACCUCAAGUCUGGAUCGUUCCAGUUUAAUGAGGGUAAGAUGGAAAGCCUUUUUGGUUAUAACUCUGUGGACAAAACAGGCGGUGAUGGCAAGAAAGAUUUAUUAUCUAAGGAUGUUCCUCAGUUUGUGAGGAUACUUGACCCUAAGAAGGCACAGAACCUUGCGAUAUCAUUAAGGGCUUUGAGUGUUUCACCAGAGGAAGUAUGUAGUGCAGUUAAGGAAGGAAAUGAACUUCCACCGGACUUGAUAGACACCCUACUAAAGUGGACCCCAAGCAAUGAUGAGGAGCUUAGGCUUCGACUGUACACUGGGGAACUGUCUCAGCUUGGUCCUGCAGAGCAAUUCCUAAAAGCAAUUAUUGAUAUUCCAUAUAUUUUCCAACGCUUGGAUGCAUUACUUUUCAUGUCCAAUCUACCAGAGGAAGCUUCAAAUGUGAAACAUUCUUUUGCUACUUUAGAGGUGGCUUGCCAAGAGCUUAAAAACAGCCGACUUUUCUUGAAGCUGCUUGAAGCGGUCCUUAAAACAGGAAACCGGAUGAAUGUCGGCACAUUCCGUGGAGGAGCUCAGGCUUUUAAACUUGACACGCUCCUUAAGUUAUCUGAUGUCAAAGGAACUGAUGGGAAGACAACACUUCUGCAUUUUGUAGUUCAAGAAAUCAUUCGUUCUGAAGGUAUCCGUGCUACAAGGGCUGCAAAAAAGCAGGAUUGUAGUGUAUCCAGUGUGGAUGCCAAUGAUACUGACGGUAAUAAUAUGCAAACUGAAGAUGAUUACAAACAACUUGGGCUGAAAGUUGUAUCCAAUUUAGGUGAUGAGCUACAAAAUGUCAGGAAGGCAGCAAUCCUGGAUGCAGAUCAAUUGACAAUGUCAGUAGCAAGCCUUGGCCACAAGCUUGGCAAAACCAAAGAAUUCCUUAACACGAGCAUGAAAAGUCUGGAUGAAGACAGCAGGUUUCACCACAAGCUGAAGCAUUUCGCAGAGCAGUCUCAAACUGAUGUUGCUUUGUUGCUAGAGGAAGAGAAGAAAAUACGGUCCUUGGUCCGGGGCACUGUUGAUUAUUUCCAUGGGAGUACAGGGAAAGACGAGGGCCUGCGGUUGUUUGUGGUAGUGCGAGAUUUCCUUGCAAUGCUGGAGAAGGUUUGCAAAGAAGUGAAAGAAGCAUCAAAAGUGGCUCCAAAGAAAACAAAGACCCCUCAACCACCCCAAGCAUCUUUCAAUGAUCCCAGGCGCAAGCUAUUCCCAGCAAUUCAAGACCAAAGGACAGACAGUUCAAGCUCAAGCUCUGAUGAAGACGAUUAGCAAGGAACCGGUUGUCUUCCCCUCCAAAGUGCACUGAAUGGACCCUUCCAAACAAUAGUGCGGUGAUACAAAAUAAAUGAAAGUUGAUGGGGAAUGAUUAAUCAACGCUAUUUUGGCCAUUCACUGAUCGACAAUCAAAUUGGGAAACCUGGGCACCUGGCCUGACUUUACACACUGUUGUGUUGGUAAUGGCAAAUCAUCAGACCUGAUCUGGCAUUCUUGGCCAAGGGGGUUGUUUGGCACUCUAUCCCAUCGAGCAAGAAGGAUGAUCAUGGUCGAGACAGCACCUAUCUGAAAGGUGACUGGAGGAAAAUGGGCAAUUCAAAGGAAAUGGAAGAAAACUGACUCUAGUUUAGAGCCGGUGUAAAUGCAGGAGGUAGUCUGACUAAUACUGUUCUUCUGUUCACUGUACAAAUGUACCAUUGUACAAAACACAAAACACAGAGAAAUGCAGCGCAGACUUGUGAAUCCGAUGGCUUUGUUUGUAAUUUCACAAUACCCUUGCAAACAAACCAACACAAAGUGUAACAAGAAGUUUGUUCCAUCAUUUAUGCA